AUGCCGGGCACAUAUCUGGAUCCUAAUGGUAGUGGCUCCAGCGGCGUUCUUCCUCCGCUCGAAGUGCUGGCCAAAUGGCCACAGCCCAACUACGAUGAUCCCAUCACCCGGCCGAAAGUUGUACCCGCUCUGGCCGGUGUGCUUGGAACAAUCAUGAUUGUCAUUGUAGCAGCGAGAAUUUGGGCUCGAUUUGUUGUACAGAGAAACGGUGGACUGGACGAUUGGAUAAUACUGCUUGCAAUGAUUCCAACAAUUGGGUUCACAAUAGUGGUAUGUCUAGCAACCGAGGUUUACGGCUUCGACCGCCACAUUUGGGACGUGACACCCAACCUCUACGUUCCCGAGCGCAAGAUUGUCUUCGCCGUCUACCUCCUUUACGUCCUCGCGGGCGGGUUCAUCAAAAUCUCCAUCCUCCUCUUCUACCGGCGCCUCGACGCGCGCUGCAUCCCAAGCACCUUCCGCAUCGCGACCUGGAUCAACAUCGCUAUCAUCGGCAUCUUCAUCACCACCUUCACCAUCAUCCUCUUCACGGCCUGCAACCCGCUCGCAGCCUUUUGGUACCAAUUCGACGUCGCCCACCAACUCGCAGGCUACAAAUACCACUGCUGGGUCAACGAAGAAGCCGACAUCAUGGCCGCCAGCAUCAUCUCAGCCGUGCAAGACGCAAUCGCCGCCUUCCUCCCCACCCUCCUCUACUGGAACCUGCAAAUCCCCAAGCGCCAAAAAAUUGCCCUCGGCGCCGUCUUCGCCUCGGGCUACCUCGUCUGCAUCGUCUGCAUCGCCCGCGUCUUCGCCAUCCACAGAAUCUUCAACAACGAACUCUACGACUCCUCAUGGACCACCUGGCCCGCCAUCUUGCUCGCCGUCUUGGAAAUUCAACUCGGCGUUAUUGUCGCGUCCGCGCCUGCGCUCAAGGUCUUUAUUAAACACUGUUUCUCGAGCGCUUCGGCAAGGGGAAGUGCAUCGGCUAGGUUUGGGUAUGCGUCGAGUAGGGCCACGGAUGGGAGUGUGCGCCAGGGUGAGUUUAGGAAGCAGAGCGAUAUGGCUAAGUCGGCUUCGACAAUGUCGAGGGGGAGAGGAGGAGAAGAGGAGGAGGAUGAGGAGGGCGAUGUGGCGUUGUUGGAGUUACGGAAUACAGAGACGAGGAUGGCAAGCAUGGUGUAG